UAGGGGGAGUUGGGGCAUCUCUAGACACACAGGGGGUUCAGUUUCACAUGCUACUCACGCAGAUAGAAUGGAAGCCCAGCUUGGCCGAAGACCUUUUCCUUAUGAACUUUUCCAUAAGACCCACACUAGGAAAGGCACCUCCGAUAUGGUUGAUUCACGAGCGCAAUCAAUUAAGGAUGCAUUUUUGGCGCUUAAGGAGCAGUCGUCUCAACCACAAGAGGGGUGCAGUGACCCUCCUAUUGUAGAUGAGGUCGCACUAUAUUAUCAAGUUGUGGGGGGGGAGAAGAAGAACAGGGUUUAUGGCAUUGGAUCUCAAGCAUCAAUUUUUUACCCUAGCUCAUCACAUGGAUCAUCUUCUACUGCAUCCUAUUGUGCUCAGUCAGAGGCAAUGGAGGAAGAGAUUCAACAAUUGCAUCGACUAUUGCAACGCUCAAGGAUAGUUUGGUUGCAAUGGAGGAGAGAGAUCGACAACGCGAGUUGA